UAGAAGCUGUUGCUGAUGCAUGAUUGACAGAGGAUUAGAUAAGGAUCGAGGACUAACAUGACUUCGAUCAAAUCAAAAUCAACGGCCCAAAACGAGUCUCGUUUUAUUACUUCAUCGUCAACAUUAACACCUCAGCGUAAUUACGGUUACGUUCGUUUUUCUUUCUGUUCACAAGUCUUCUUCUAAACUAAACCCUCUCUCUGCUUCAUAUUUCACACGCAAAAACUUCACAUUUUCGAAAUGGAAAUUCCAACAACAACACAAUUUCAUCAUUUUCUUCAUCUUCUUCGUAAUUGUUGUAGUUGCAAUUGCAAAUUCAAUCAAUAACAAAUAGUUCAUUCAUAAUAAUAAUAAUAAUACCCAAAACGAAUCGAAACGAAAACGAAACGCAGUAACUGUAAUUAAUCUGUAAAAUUCAUAAACGAAAAUGCAUAUAGCUACAUUGAAGAGAAAGAAGAAUCAUACUUACACAGACAAGUCCAGAGUCAUCGGAGUUUUUCUCACCGGUGUCCUUCGCCGCCGGCUUAUCCACCGUUUUCUCAUUUCCGCUAUCUCUGUUUGCGUUCUUUUGCUGUUCUCGAUGCUCUCUCUAUUCGCUCCUUCUUCUGCUAUGGAGAAUAGCCUGGUUAGGUCUCGAAUGCUUUUGAACCAUCAAUCAGAGUUUUCCGUUCCGGCUAGUGGAGAUAGUUACAGGCAUGAUUUAUGGAAUUCGACGAACUCGCAGCUUUUUGCUGGCUGUAGUAAUGCCGGUGUCAACUUCGCAAAGACCAAUAGCAAAACUCAUGCAGAUCGAUAUGUGUUAAUUGUAACAAGUGGAGGGUUAAAUCAACAAAGAACAGGGAUAAUUGAUGCUGUUGUGGCUGCCUAUAUUUUGAAUGCUACUCUUGUUGUUCCGGAGUUGGAUCAUGCAUCUUUCUGGAAAGACAACAGCAAUUUUUCUGAACUAUUUGAUACUGAUUGGUUUAUAAAAUUCCUCCGGAAUGAUAUAAGAGUUAUAAAACAACUUCCAAAUAUGGGAGAGAAAAUUUUGGCCCCACAUACGGUGCGUGUUCCAAGGAAAUGUACCCCCAAAUGUUAUGAGGACCGUGUUUUACCCGUGCUGGUCAAGAAACGUGCUGUUCGGCUCACGAAGUUUGACUACAGACUUUCUAAUAUGUUAGAUGAUGGUCUGCAAAAGCUGAGGUGCAGGGUAAACUACCAUGCUCUCAAAUUUACGGAUUCGAUUCAGGGAAUGGGAAAUUUGUUAGUGGAGCGGAUGAGAGUGAAAAGCAAGCAUUUCAUUGCUCUACAUUUAAGGUUUGAACCAGAUAUGCUUGCAUUCUCUGGUUGCUAUUAUGGCGGGGGAGAAAAAGAAAGAUCAGAACUUGGUGAGAUUAGGAAGCGGUGGAAAAAUUUACAUGCAAGUAAUCCUGACAAAGAAAGAAGACAUGGAAGGUGCCCACUUACCCCAGAAGAAGUUGGUCUUAUGCUUAGAGCACUAGGUUUUGGAAUUGACACUCAUAUGUAUGUGGCUUCUGGAGAAAUAUAUGGAGGUGAGGAAACAUUAGCACCCCUCAGAGCUCUUUUCCCUAACUUCCAUUCAAAGGAUACCUUAGUUACCAAGGAAGAGUUGGCACCAUUUGUUUCAUUCUCUUCUCGCAUGGCUGCACUUGAUUACAUAGUUUGUGAUGAGAGCGAUGUUUUCGUCACAAACAACAACGGGAACAUGGCUAAAAUUUUAGCUGGAAGAAGGAGGUACUUUGGUCAUAAACCUACCAUCCGUCCAAAUGGAAAAAAGUUGAACCCCUUAUUCAUGAACAAACAUAACAUGACAUGGGAAGAAUUUGCACCUCGAGUUCGAAAAUUCCAGGUAGGGUUCAUGGGGGAGCCUAAUGAGUUGAGGCCAGGCAGUGGGGAAUUUCACGAGAAUCCAACAUCUUGCAUAUGUCAAAAAUCUGGGUCGCCGGUAAAAGCUGAGGGAUUUGGACUGAUUAAGGUAGAAAACAGGACAGAAAAGCCGUCUUCCGAGGAAGACCGGGAGUGGUCUGAAUUAGAUUAUGAUUUGGACAAUAUUAAAAAGCAGGUUCAGCUAAAAGGAACUAAAAUUGAUUCAAUCCCUCUUCAAAUGGGAACAGACCAAGUUGAAGUGCAAGAAUUCUUCUCAGAUUAGAUGUUUCAAUUCUUGCACUAAUAAGAAUAAGAUCUUCAAACUAUUUUUUUCUUAGACUGUACUGAAAAGCCUUAGUACAUAAUUUUGUAAAUUUUGAUGGGAAGCAGCUUCAAAAUGUAUAUUGUAGCUUUGUAGCAAGUGUAAAUAAUGCUUUUAAUAUGUUGAAAGUUCUGAAGCUGAAAUUUGUGGGAAGGUUUAAUAAGGCACUCUUUUUAUUCAUAUUGUAUAGUAGGUCAGGAUAGCCUAGGAGAAGCAGAAGCAGCAUAUUCCAAACAAUGUGGUUCCAUUUCAAUGUGAUUUUUUAGUGUAUUUAGAUGUACAUGGAUAAAAAGUUAUUAAAA